AUGAUGGUACGCCAAUCAUGGUGUCGAACGCUCACCCUCCUCCUCGUCCCUCUUUUCUUCGCAUCUUCCACCCACGCACUUCAAGAAACCUCAGUCGGUAUUAUAGACUGGCACAAACCCCUCAUUGGAUCUCCUUCUCUCAGUUCUCCCGCAACUAGCCCAAGAUUCCACAGAGUACAAGGUAAAAACAGCAGAAGUGUGAUUAUUUCGGCCACAGAACCGAACGUGGUGGCUGCUUUGGAUGCGGUCAAUGGGUCAGUUGCGUGGAGGCAUGUGUUCCAAGAGGAGGAUAGAAUUGUGUCAGUGCAUCAAUAUGGGUGGAUAACUGCCACCCUGUCUUCCCCCGGAGGUUCUAAUCUACGUGUCUUCAGCGUCCUCGACGGAGAUCUACUGUUUGAAAAGCAGUUCCAUACCCUACAGUCGGGGCUACUGACGGAACCACCCCAUCUGGGAAGCAAUAUCGCGUUUGGAAAUGACACGAUGGGAAUUGGGACUCCAGACCUGUUUGUGUUGACGAAUGGACGGUCCGUCACGAGGUUCGUUGGGAGAGAUCUGAAGUGGAAAUGGGAAUCGGAGGACCAGACAUCCUUGGUAAUUUACACUCAAAUCCUUCUCACUCCUCAAGCGAUUUACGCAAUCGGCCUAUCCAAAUCCAUCGCUUCGUACACACUGUCCGUCACCUCCCUAUCACCCGACACCGGAGAAGUCAUAUCAUCCGCACUUGUACCCUCUUCUAUCGGGAACGUGGACGACGUUCUUUAUAUGCACUCUACGACCGGAGACCCGUUUGUGACGUGGUUAGAAAGCAACCAGAUCAGGUCUCACAAACUCACACCAGAUCUUAAAGCCAAACCGACUUCACACAGAGGAGGGACCUAUUUCAGAAUUUCUGAUGUUGGUUUGGCAAGCCACGGUCUGUUCAUGGCGACGAAGUUGGAUGGAGAUAAUCGGGCUAUGAAGAUUGCGCUUGAUGAAGUACAGGUGGCUUGGGAUUUCGAAAGGUCCGCGCCGAGUGAAAAACAGAGCGCGUCAAAGUAUACUGGGGGUUUUGAUAAAGAGGGACGACCAUAUAUUGGGAGGUUGUAUUGGUCUUACUAUCUUGGUCUCUCAUCAGUAGAGCUCUUCGCACCCCACCUUGGAGAUGGCAAAGGUCUCAUUGCAGGAUACGCUCUCCGUUUUGAUACGAAUCAACACGGAACAAUUGAACAUAUAACUAUGGACGCAGCAAACCCAAACCCGUAUCACGUCCUUGGACGAUUGGUCAUUACUACCUCUGCGGGUACAGUUCAACUAUGGCAACAAGAUCAGCUACAGUGGUCUAGAGAUGAGGGACUCGCAGAUAUCGUCGCUACUGAGUUUGUAGAACUUCCUGAAAGGGUUCUCGCGGCCACUGAAGGUAGCGAAGGGUUCGUUGAGAGAUUAAAGAGACAGAGUGUUCAACUCAAGAACUUGCCCAACUACAUGAUCCACUUUAUAAAACGAUUCGCAACAGGUUCAUACGAAUCGGCUACCUCGUCUGCUGUCCCUUCUUCCCCUCAGAGUGGAGUCGCUUCGUUACACCGCGACACGUUUGGUUUCCGUCAGGUUAUCGUCAUGGCCACAUCUCGUGGUAAGAUCUUUGGAAUCGAUUCGAGCAAUGGACAAGUUCUGUGGAGUAAACUUUUGGCGCUUGGAGCCAAACAGGCUGAGGAAGGUGCACGAGUCAAGCCUGUAAAGAUGUUUGUAGUCAAGGCUGUGGGUGACCUCGAGGAGAAUACUAAUGCGGGUCCCGGUGAACCGGAAGUGGCUGUUGUUGCGCAGAGAGGUGGAAGCGGUUCGACCUCGGAAGAAGAAAUCGUCGUAUACCACUUCCACGCGUUGACUGGGGAGAAUGUCAAACCUGCUUUGCGAAAACCUGGUCCAUUGAGGGGUAUAAAGGUCGCUAGUUCUGCUUCUGUGACGGAUGCGUAUGUGUUGCAAUCAGCGAACGGGAAGGUGGUUGUUGUUUUGGACCGGGAGCUCAAGGUCCACCUAUACCCAGACACCCCGACUAGUAAAUCCAUCUUCCAUGCUUCGAUUUCAGCACUUUCCGUACCUCUUCGAGUGAGAGAUGAUACGACUGCGAAACAUCGUUUAGUCGGGCAUCAGUUCGUUCAGAGUGUUGAAGGUGCUAGUGUUGCUGUUGCGGUACCUACGUGGACGCUUUCGUUACCUGAUGGAGAAGACAUUCAAUCCAUCAUACCUCCAUCCGCCCGCGGUGUACCUGUUGCUUCGUUAGGCAAAGUUUUGGGAAAUCGGACUACGCUUUAUAAGUAUCUCAACGAAAGAUUGGUGGUCGUUUUGACUGCUCCGCAUUCCGCUUCCGCUGCUUCCUUUUCACCCACCUCGAAAAAUGCGGCUAGGUGUGGAGUGUACCUAGUGGAUGGGGUUAAAGGAACUGUCGUCUAUCAUGCUUCAGUGCCGACUAUAGGAGGGGGUAGUUGUGAUGUGAAAGCGGUGUUGACGGAGAACUGGUUGGUUUACCAUUAUUACGAUGAGGAUUACCAACCGAGUGGGCAGACGAAAGGGUAUAGGAUUAUUAGCGUUGAACUGUAUGAGGGAGGGAAGGUGGAUGAUAAGACGGGAAGUUCAGAUAUGACAUCCUACAAGGAAGAAAUGGUGGAUGUGACACCUUACGAACGGUCUUUUGUGUACUUGCAUGGUGUUACGGCUAUAGCGACGACAAAGACGAAGUUUGGGAUUACUACGAAGGAUAUUAUCGUUGCGAAUGAUAAUGACAAGAUCCAAAACCUAAAUCAUCGCGUGCUUGACCCACGUAGACCUAAUCGGAAACCGACGACAGAAGAAAUGGAAGAGUUUUUAAUACAGUAUGAUCCUGUCAUUCUGGAUGACCCACGGCAGACAUUGUCGCAUAACUAUCAGAUUUCUCGCGUACAGAAGAUCGUAACGGCACCAUCGUUAUUGGAGUCCACGUCUUUGGUGUUCACUUAUGGUCUAGACUUGUUCUUGACGAGAGUCUCGCCAUCUAAAACGUUUGAUGUUCUCAGCGAAGGCUUUAAUAAGCCUCAGUUGGUGUUGACGGUGGCGGCGUUGGGUGUUGCUAUUUUGUUUACGAAGCCGGCAGUUAAUAGAAAGAGGUUGAGGGAGAAGUGGUAUUCGUAG